CCUCACAAGACUGCACCAAAUUUCCUGUCGUGUUUGUGCCGUUUCGCCAACCCAAAAGCGACUAUAUCGACCCAAUGCGACACUGUACAAGCCGCUGAUUCUCCUAAAGCCCUGAUUCCGCUUGAGCGACGUCUCCCAAGAGUAGCAUAAGUGUCACAGUAGCACCACGAAACUCACGCGACCAUGAAUGAAGAACCCAAAGGGCAUCUGGUCGAGUCCAAGAAGGGUGCCGCUUACAGUCCGGAGCGUAGCAGCGACGAGAUCCAGUAUGUCCAUGCAAAUGACCUGCAGCGCCAUCUCGGGAACAGACAGAUCCAACUGAUCGCCAUUGGUGGCUCGAUUGGAACUGCGCUGUUCGUGAGCAUCGGAGGGGCUCUCAACAAAGGCGGUCCUGCUGGAAUGCUGAUCGCAUACACUCUGUACGCUUGCAUGCUUGCUUUGGUGAACAACGCCAUGGCCGAAAUGGCAAUCUAUAUGCCCGUGUCCGGAGGCUUCGUGCGUAUGGCUGGUCAUUGGGUAGAUCAGGCUCUGGGCUUUGCUGCUGGAUGGAACUUCUUCCUCUACGAGGCUCUGCUCAUUCCCUUCGAAAUCACUGCCUUGAACACUAUUCUUAAGUUUUGGAGAGAUGACAUUCCCGUGGCAGCCGUGUGUGCCGUGGUCAUUGUCCUUUAUACGCUCUGCAACUUCCUCGCCGUGAAGGCGUAUGGAGAAGCUGAAUUUUGGUUGUCCGGCGGCAAGGUCAUCUUGAUCUUUAUGCUAUUCUUCUUCACAUUCUUUACCAUGGUUGGCGCCAACCCGCAGAAAGAUAUAUACGGGUUCCGACACUGGCAUACACCGUCUGCAUUUGCCACAUAUCUGUCGUCAGGAGAUCUCGGUCGCUUCGAGGGCUUCCUCGGUGCGUUGUGGGCCGCAAGCUUCUGCAUUGUCGGCCCUGAGUACAUCUCAAUGGUAUCUGGUGAAGCCAGGCGUCCGCGCAUCUACAUCAAGAACGCCUUCAAGACUGUCUACAUUCGAUUCGGUCUAUUCUUCAUCCUGGGUGCUUUCUGUGUUGGCACGGUCGUCUCAUGGAAUGACCCCAAGUUGGUCUCCAUUCUUUCAGGCGAUACUGGGGGCGCCGGUACUGGUGCUGCUUCCCCAUACGUCAUUGCCAUGACGAAUCUGGGCAUCAAGGGCUUGCCUGAUCUCACCAACGCUCUGCUGCUUACGAGUAUCUUUUCCGCCGGAAAUACCUACACUUAUUGUGCGAUCCGCAGUCUACAUGCGUUGUCUCUUGACGGUCGAGCCCCAAAGUUUCUCCGAAAGACGACGAAAAACGGCGUUCCCAUCUACUGCGCCGCCAUAGUCGUCUGCUUUCCGCUGCUAUCAUUCCUCCAGGUCUCAGAUGGGUCUGCAAAGGUUCUGACAUGGCUCGUGAGCUUGGUUACCGCCGGUGGUCUGCUCAACUUCAUCACUAUGUGCAUCACAUAUCUUGCCUUCCACCGGGCGUGCAAAGCUCAGGGCAUCAACCGCAAAACCCUCCCGUACUAUGGAUACUUCCAGCCUUACGGCACCUGGGUUGCUCUGAUCUUCUUGACUGCCGUUGUGUUCUGCUACGGCUACGCCGUCUUCCUGCCCGGGCACUGGAGAGUGGAAGAUUUCUUCUUCAGCUACACCAUGCUUGGACUAUACCCCAUCUUCUAUGUUUCGUGGAAGCUGAUCAAGCGCACCAAGAUCAUUCCCGCGCAUGAGGUCGACAUUGUUUGGGACAAUGAGGCUAUCGAAGCUCACAUGAAUUCUUUCAUCUCGCCGCCUGUCGGCUUCUGGACUGAGAUGGUCCAGCUCAUCGGGUUCAAGCGCCACGUCGUGGUCGACCAGAAGGCCUGAGCCGCAGAGCUUCUGUUGACGUCAAGAGAUUUAUCUAUACCAGCAAUACGUAUCCAAUACAGUUUUUUGUACU